AGGUCAUGAUCAUCCUCUGCUCAUAGGAAACUACAAUUGAUUCGGUCUCGUGACGGCACCCGCCGCGCUACUAGUUUCUUAAUCCAGCUGUACGGCAGCGCCGCUGAAAAUACACAAUAACUCUGGCACAAGAUAGCUUAUCACACUUCUCUUAAAGCGAAAUACGACAUGUCGACAGCCAACACCAAAUCUUUCCCUCUUCGCGAGGAUCUUGAAAGCCUUGGUAUUUUUGUGGCGAAGAUCCUCUCAGAACAUCCGAGUGAUCUCUUUGACCCGGCCAAGCACACCAUUCUACACGAUUCCAUCCAAGUACACGACCGGAGCGGAUGCGGUGGGAGCAAGACUUACAAGAUCAGUUUGGAGUUUACUGUUGACAAUAAACCCUCUGUGGCCAGCCCCAGCGAGGGUGUAGUAAUUGAAGAUGGAAAAAAUGCAGUAUCAACCACUGCUCGUCCUACCGCGAGCGAGGGUGGAGCAAGUUCAUCUGCUUCUUCUACCCUUGCAAAAGAAAGACAAACCCUGACUCUGGGAUUCUGCUCGCGCGACCCGGAACUGGACCCCGACUCGGAAGAGCGCACCAUCGCCGCCAUUCAAAUCAUGAGCGAGAAAAACCUCUUCCCAAAGCACGUUGCGAGCGGCGUAGAUUGGUUUCUUAACGAGUGGUUGCAGUUAGGAGAACGGCAAGAUGCUGACCAGGAGAAAGGAACAAACGAAACCGUCGAACCUCCAUUCUUCGCACUACAAACCAUCGCCGACAUGAAACUUCUGGGGCGCGAGGUCGCGCGGCUGCAUCAAUCCGUCCCUCCAACUUGGUACGAGCCGUUCCGCGAAAGGUUGAAGAAGCAAUUUCCGCCGUUGGGGCAGUCGUACAGGGAUAUUACAAAGGACGAGUUGUCUACUUCUUCCGUCUCAACAUCUCGAUCGGAUCGCGAUCCUAACGCCUCCCAUAUUUGGUGGUAUCUAUAGCUGUCGCACGGAGCAGCUCUUGGGCGAGGCGGUCUUGCAAGCUAAGCAAGCACCAGGAUCGGAGGCCGCGAAAUGGCUGGCUGAAUACGUAGAGCCGAUGUUCACACCGUUGACCGCGGCCGGCGGGAAAAUCGUCACGUGCCAUGGCGACUUGCACGCGGGAAACAUGGUGGCGAUUUUUGGAAAUGGUACAGCGGAUGGGGGGGAAGCCAGGAUUUUUGAAGGUAAAGUGACUGGCACUUCUGGCACGACAUCCUCCGCGGCUUCAUCCCGCGAUGAAGUUGACGGGAAUGAUAAAAAUGCUCGUGAAGAUCAAGAUGACCCUCGCAGUCUCCGUUUUUUGGACUUGGAGUUCACAACCGCCGCAGCGGCGUGGAACGAUCUGGGAUACGUGUGUUUUCACUACGAAGACAUGCCGCGGGAGCAGCGGACCCUCGCCCGCGACGACGUGCGCGACAUGAGGAGAGCGUUUCUGAGAAGCUAUUUGGAAGCAGUGAAGAAGUUUGACGAAUUUCACGAUUCCAUGCAGGAGCCAGUUGUGACGGAAGAGGACGUGGACAAACUCCUGAUUGACGCCACGCUGGGUGCGUGCGCCCACCACUUCGGCCCGCUGACCCACUUCUCUCCGCUGGGGAGCGACCUGGAGGCGCUGCAGCAAUUCAAACACGACGCCGCGGACCUGUGUGGCAGCGAGGUCGAGCAGCGCAAGUUUGCCGCGUGGGGCCCGGAGGGCUGGCUGGCGGAGAAGGGGUACGGGCGUAAAUUGGCGGCCGGCGGCUGGGAUCGGGAGGACGUCCGCUACACGGAAUUCGCUUUCAUCAGGCGGAUUUUAGAUUAUCAGAUCAGCGGGAAACACUGAUGGCGGGAGACAUAGUUGCUCCGGAUUUCAGACGAGUAUACAUACAGCAUCAGUUGUGUAGGACUCUUCAGCGAAUUAGUGACUUGAUAAUUUCAAAUUUUAUAUUCGUACGAAAAGCCGAAUCGCUUUAUUUCGAUGUGCUGUGAAUCCUUGUAAUGCAGGAUGAACUUCUACUACCACCAAGACAUCCAUCUCGGUAGUCGCACAUGGGCAGUAGGCAUGGUGCGCUGCAUGUGUUUUCCCAACUCCAAGAAGGUUGUAUCGCUUUUGCACGAGAUGAGAGAACUCAAAGGAGAGCGCCUCAGUGUAGUUAGUUGUAUUCUUUCCUUGUUCGUUGCAAGAGAGAGCCAGGAUGGCAUGGGGAGUACUUCUGUAGCAGAUCUAAGUAAUUCGAAUUCCUCGUCAUCUCCAAACGAACUUGAGAGAGGUUCGUCUGCUUCGGCAAUCCAAUGUCGCGAAGAAAGAGUGAUUUUUAGUUGGAAUCUGCUUGACUUUUUUUUAUUACACUAA